GGACGAGGAGGGCGGUGAUUGGCCCCGCCGGUGGGGCGGCUCCCGGACGUGCGGCGCCGGCGGCUCCGGCUGCGAGCGGCGCGAUGGAGCAGGAUGGCGGCGGCGGGGCCGCGCCGGGCCCGGGGCGGCCGGCGCUGGAGCGGGAGGGCCUCGAGCUCCUGCAGCACACGGUGGGCUCCCUGCUCUCCAGCUACGGCUGGUACAUCCUGUUGGCCUGCGUCGCCAUCUAUCUCCUCAUCCAGAAGAUAUCCCAGAGCGCGGCAGCGCGGCGCAGCAGCCGGCCGGGAGCAGCCGAUGCAGCCGUCGAACCUGACUUGGUGGUGAAAAGGCAGGAAGCUUUGGCAGCAGCUCGCCUCAGGAUGCAAGAGGAGUUGAAUGCACAAGCAGAAAGAUACAAAGAAAAACAGCGACAGCUUGAAGAAGAGAAGCGAAGGCAGAAGAUAGCAAUGUGGGAAAGUAUGCAAGAGGGAAAAAGCUAUAAAGGAAACCUGAAACUGAACCAGCAAGAAUUAGAAUCUGGUGCCUCCACCUCAUCGACCGUCCCAAAACCUAAAUCCAACAAAAAGCCUUUGCGAAGCGGUGGCUAUAACCCUCUGUCUGGAGAAGGAGGUGGAACUUGUUCCUGGAGACCAGGUCGCAGAGGCCCGUCAGCAGGUGGAUGAGGCUAACCUCCCUGGUGGCUGAUGUCACUAGCAGGCUUAAUCCUACCCACUGUCUAACUGCCUACAGUUUGCAUGUCACAGUGACUCCUUCGGGAUUUGGUUUAGUGCAGGUGUUGACUUGAAAACAGAUGUACCUGAGUCCCAAAUGUUAACACAGUAACUGAUACUACACAAGAAAAAUACUUAAUCCUCUUAAAAAGGGUGAAGAUAGAAACAAUGUCAGCAUAACCAGUUAAUUUUCACCCUUCUGUAAGGAGGAAACAAUCUCCAGCUGAGGUGCAUCACUUGGGAUUCUGAGAUCUGGGUUCUGUGGCUGGCUCUUCAAAAGACUGACCCCAGGCAAAUGGACUAUCUGUGUCUCUGUUUACCUUUGUAAAAUGAGGCUGUGUACUAUCCCUAAACAUGUGUUACAAGGUUUACAGUAUUUGGCUGGAAGGUACUUUAGAGGGGGAAGGAUAUUAUCAUGGGCAGACAGCUUGAAUUUUAGGAGGAGGGACUUUGAGAAAACCCAGAUGACCUGACGGAUACCAUGGGUUUGCACUGAAGGCCAGUUAUCGUAGAUGAGUCUCUGUGACAAGCUACCUUGAAUGAUGUUUUCCUUAUAAAUGGUAAACAAACCAGUGAGGAUUACUGAUGCUAGACAGCAGAUGGGGGUGUCUUGCUAUUCCUUUUUUUAGUUUCAACUGCUUUGUAAAAACAAAAUAUUAUUAAAUAUCAUUGCAAACAAAUCAUAAAUAGAGUAUUUACAAUCUUGUGGUUUUCUACAGCAUUUUUAUAUAGAAGGCAUAUGUUCUAGUGCAAUAAAUAUGUAUAAAAUGAGAUGCAUCAUAUGAGAGAUUACAUUUUCAUUUAAGUACUUGUAUAGAAUGAAGGAGGGUUUUUUUAAGCUGUUCUUUUAGGUUUUUAACAGUUUUGUUUUAUCCGAGUGUUCUAUGUUCCAAAUCAUGAUUUUGAAAGAGUCGGCUUCAGGAUAAGACCAAAUUAAGUGUCCCAAGUCUAAAAAUUGAACCUGAACAUUCUCCACCCUCUUCCUCCCCUCUCCCCACCAAAAGUGAUUCUGAAAUGGGGCAGAACGGAUUAGUAGUUGUUAAGCACUCCAGUUAUACCUGUGGUUGAAUUAGAUCAAGAAAACAUGUAACAAAGGCCUUUGCUCUCAGUGGAGCAGAGGGAUUCUUUCCAAAUUGCUCUCCAGAAAUACAGUUGGAGGAGGAGAAGGGUAUACAUAGGCGUGGUUAACAUGAACACCGUAGGAUGUUCAUAGAGAAAAGAGAAGCUGCAACCCGCGCUGAGGUGUGUGCAUGGUGUCUUCUGUUUCUGGGCAGCAGGACUGUGCAUCGCUUUAGUCAUGUGGUAUGAGGGAUGCACCUAGGGAACGCUAAGAUAAGGAAUUUACUGUGUGCUACUUUCUGUUGUGAAUUAGUGGCCUGGCUGUGCGGCUGUCCUGAGUAGCCCCGCGGGGUGCUGAGGUGUCUUCUCGCCCUGCUGUCAGCUUAUGCAGCCCCAAAGCUGAGGAUUGCUUCUGCUGCAAGAGCCUACAGCUAGCAAACGUGUAAAAUUUGUAAGUGGGAGACUCUAAGGAGUAAGUAGCUAAAGGGAGUGUUGUCGUCAUCCUUCUGGUAUUUGUCCAGGAAUGUGGAUGGAAAACAGAGUUGGAGAUGGUCAGCACAAAUGAGCUUUCCAAACAUCCCAGUCUCUUAAUAUGCUGUUUGGCACAAAGCGCAAAAGAUGACUAAACAAACCUUUAGGCUGUCCCUGAUAAAGGGCGAAAUAGUUCCAGUCAGCGUACAACACGUAUCCAUGUGUCUUUGAUUACUUUUCUUGAGCUGGUAUAUGUGGCAUAAGAGUAUGUCAGUAUUUUAUUAGCGUAGCUUAAGGCUGCUUGAAAACUUGUUUCUAAAUACUUACACUUGAAAUAUUUGUGUUUGUUAAUAUGUAUGAGUGCCAACUUUGGAAACAUUGUUUAUAAAUAUAUAGAGACUGCUCUAUGUCAUAUGAUCUGUGAUUUUCUAUUGACUAUAAUGUAACAGUAGCAUGUUACUUAUUGAGCUAAAAAGUUGCCAGCUAACAAGACGGAAAAGUGAAGAACCCUUUGACUUUAUACCUCUUAAGUGUAUAUUUAAAUGCAUAUAGAAGAUGAAGUGAGAGGGCUAUUAAUGUUCCUAUGGAAACUAGUUUUCAUUUCUUGACUUCUGUGCAUUUUGAUAUGUAAACUUAAAUUUCCAUUGUUGGAUUUAUUAUGUAACGUGGACUGCGGUAUGUAACUUCAGGUUUUAAUUUUUAAUAAGGCAAAAAAAAAAUAGAGGUGCGGGAAAGAAUUUCAAGAUCUGAAGAUUUCCUACAGAGUUAUAAGUUGCUAUUUUACUCUUGCCUCUGGGAAACAUUUUUUCCUUACAUUGGGGAAAUAGGCAACAGAACAAGGUGUUGUCUUCAGAAAAAUAACUGGAGGAGGUUUUUGCAUUAAAGAUGCAAAACUUCUGUAGAUAAAACGGUGAGGACAGGUUAGUUUAAUUCAAUAAAAACAUUUUAAGAAAUAAGCAGGUCUGAACUGAGCAUAUGCUAAUCUUUCUCUGUGUCUCAAGACUUGCUGCUGGCUGGGACUGAGGGGUAUGGAUUUUUGCCCAACUCUGAGAUCUUAAGACCUGUUGAAUGAGAUGAAGUAAUUCACAUAUUUGCUUGAAACUUCAAGCUCCCUUCUUCCUUAACUUCUAUUAUUAAUCCUUGGGUCCCUAAAUCCUGUCAGAUAUUGGAAUUUUUCUUGAUCAGAUACUUCUAAGCUAUUGAACAGGGUGGAAGAAUCUCAGUUUGUAAAACAUCUCUUUUGGCUCACUAACUUCACAAAUAGAUGACGGAUUUUUCUUCUGACUUCAAAAAAUAAGUUUUCCCUUAACCACAAACAAGUAUGGAAGCGUGGUUGCUUGCUGCUUUGUAGUAUAGGGGGAAAGUAUCCACAAGGCAGUAGGUGAAAAUGAACUAAUGAAGCUAUUGUUCAUACUUGGGAAUGAAUUCCCAAGAACUUGAAUUACCACAAAUCUUAUUAUAAAGCCUUCAGAUUUUUUCACUUACAGCAGUUGUGCAAGAAGUUUCUGACUUUACUGAUGUAGACAUGCUAGAAAUGUCUUUAUCUGGAAGAAUUUAGAUAACAAAUACAUAGUUAAUACAAUACUACUAGACUAAUAAGUGUCGUGGUGCUUGGCCACUGAACAGUAAUCUAUCUUGGUAUUGAAAAAUCCCAAGUCAAGCAACUGUUCAGAGGCACAAAAAAUCCUGAAAAUGUUAGUCACGUGAAAAAAUGUAGCUAGGUAUUUUUCGCUGUCUUUCAGAUGACCUAUAUGUUGGAGAAAAAAAAUUCCACUUUUUAAAUUGCAUAUGUGGUCUAGUUUAUGCAUGGUUCUAUUAAAUAUUCACCAAGAAAUACCUAGUACUGGAAUUAAAAAUGAAUAAAAAACA